AUGGAGGACCUUCUGUCUCUGAAAGAAUCGAUUAUAAUAUACUUGGAUAGGAGUGGAGGACUGAAUAAACUUAUUAAGGCCUGCAGCUCUUUCAGAGAACCACAACAGAUGGAAGCGGUAUAUCGCUUCUGUUUUGAUGUGAAUCCCACUGAUGUGGUUGAACUGGAUGCCAGGCUGGGAGAUUGCAUUUUACAUGACCCUCUCAAAGCAACUUCACUUUUUCAGUCUGUUUGUUAUCUGUCUAUAAAGGCACUGUCACUGAUUGAGCAUACAAUUACAGAAAACCAGGUUAAUGUUGUUUUGAAGCCAACACACAUGCCACCAUUUCCACGGUACUUUCUGGACUUAUCCGAGUUCCCCCGUGGGUAUGGUCCACUGAGGCCUCUGGAAAUGGUGGGCCUUGUAAUCGCCAUGACUCGCGUCACUAAAUACACCCAAGGGGCCAGAUUUCUCUGCACAGAAGAAAAAUGUCCUUGCUCCAGGGGUUUCCACCACAUUAGAGUACAUGCCCCAGGGAGCACAGAGUCUGCAACCGUCAGGAGUGACUUCUUCUGCUUUCUCUGCUCCUCACCGCUCAGAGAGGAUGUGAAGUCUCGUGUAUUGGGGGGUAAGCAGCUGGUGGAGCUUGUGCAUAUGAGAGCACUGGAUGUGUUAGGAGUCCAUGACCCUUCCUCCCUGAGAUUUCAAUCCGUCACUCUGUUCUUGAGAGAUGAACUUUGCAACUCUAUGAAAAUUGGCCUGGUCUAUCGAGUGGUGGGGAUACCAGCUCAUGUACACCAGUGUCCCAAUGUUACUUGGAGCAUAGAGGCCUGCAGUGUUCAAGCAGUCAAGCUUGAACACCCUUGCCUGAUCAGUGACAACUUCCAGGCCCUGCUUGCUGCCUCAGCUUGUUCUCCAUGGAGAUUCUCUGCCAUUAUAGCCAAUUCCUUUGGAUCUGCAGUACUCCCGCCUGGCCUGUACAGCACGCUGAAGCUGGUGCUGCUUCUCAGCCUGGUGCAGACUGAGGGUGCGAACCCAGAUGCACACAACCAUCUGGAUGUUCUUGCACUCACCAGCGACACACUCAUCAUUGAUAGGUUGAUGACAUACAGUCUGGGUCUGGCUGGCCGGGGUAUUCGUCAUCCGGUUACUGGAGAGCUGUUUGCUUCCCUGUCCAGAGAUGAGCAUGGAGCAGGAACAGCCAACAUCCAUGCUGGUUCUUCAUUGCUGGCCAGUGGAGGUGUCUGCCUGCUGGGAGACUUAACGUGCUACAAGAGAGACAGGAUGGACACACUCCAGUCAGUGUUGGAAAGCAGAUCAGUGUCUGUCUUCAUCCCAGGAAAGAAGUAUGGGGAAGAUGCUGAUCAGCAACUCUCCUUCUCCGUCCAGUGUAACUUCUGGGCACUGGCUGAUGCAGCAGCUCCUUCCAGGAAGCCUAUCAAGCCUGACAGUGUAGUGCUUGGCUCUGUGGAGAUGGGUCCAGUACCCCCACAAGUUGCAGAGGCAUUUGGACUUGUGAUCCAGUGUCGUGAGGCAAUAGGUCACCACCCACUCCUUCCUAUUACUGUGCACACCCUGAGGCAGGCCGUCUCACCAGGAGAGCCCCUUUACCCUGCUUGUAUGCAGUUUACCACACAGGACUACAAAGAGCUACUGGCUUAUGCACGGGGCCUGAAAGUAGACAUGAGCCCUGAGGCCGAGAAGAUGAUCCAUGGCUACUACAUGGCCAGUCGGAGGGUUCGCUCAGAUUUUUCCAAAGUCUCCUCAGUAUCCGUCACCUUCAUCAAACUGAUGAUUGCUCUUGCUCAAGCCCAUGCUAAGCUUAAUUUGAGGACACGUGUUUUGGAAGAGGAUGCAGUUAUUGCAGUGCUGCUUUGUGAAAACUCAAUCACCCUUAAACAUGGGGCCUCAGCGCUUGUUAUUCCGCCCGAUGCCGUGUUUCCUUGUGAUCUGUGUGACCUGGACUCCUUGCGCAGACGAGACCUGACCUUGGAAGAGUUUCACCAGCAGAUCUUGCACUUUGUGUACACCUACGCACCAGGAGCUGCAACCUACAUCAUGGAGGAGUAG